CUGUUUGUUGUUCGUUAAAAUUAAGAUGUUAGUAUUGGGCCAUAGUGGCCCAACACGGCUUUCGGACUAAGUACUAACUCCUUCACGGUCGGUUUUAGACUGAACUGUAUUUCCUUAAAUUUUACAUUGCUUAGGUCACUUGGGUGUUUCUUGUUUCUCCAUGUCAGCACAAAAUGUGCGUUUGAUUAUACAGCGUUCGCAUUAUUUUGAUUAUACAGCAUUCACACUAUCGAGUCGGAUCCUCCGCUGCGCCCCUUCCAGUUCGCGCAGUCGUUUCGUGUUUCUCCUCCAAUGGUAGUAAAUGAUGGCGAUCACCAUCGCCACGAUGAAUGCCCCGUCUAUGGAAUAUGAUGCGACGUCGUGCAUCGAUAUGGUAUUCUCGAUCUUAUCGCUGCCGAACAUUAUACUUGUUUUUAAUUGUCGCGUUUUCUUGGAACUCGUAAUGUUCCCUACAUUGUGGCGCAUUUUAUUGCAUCGAGGAGGGUCUUAAUCGCUGACCCAAGCACUCGAGCGUGUGAAACCACUUCGUUUGGAAUUUCGGGUCUCGCUAUUAUCAGCGGAAAUUUGCAUUGUCAAUUUUUUCAUAGGGUCGUCACCCAAUCUGAUUUCGUGUACUUCCAUUUUCUCCCCCCUUUGGGACGAGGGCGUAGUCUACCGUCCCAAAUCAUUUGGGGUGCUUGGGGAGGGGGAUCGUCUUCUAGUUCGAUUGCUUCGGCUUGAGAUUGCUGUUCGUUAUCAGCUGUGUUGUCAUACUCUUCUAUAAUGGGUUGAAUGGUGUGCUCCUCGACUGGUAGAGGAGCAAGUGUUCGCACGUUGCGUUUGUAAAUUCCGGUAGCGGUUCGCACUACUGCCACUCGGACUACUCCAUCAUCUCCAGGGUGUAUUUGUGUGACAAUUCCCAUAGGCCACCUUGCUACGGGAAGGUGAUCGUCUCCGAUCAAUACGAUUUGGCCUACCUUAACGUUGGCUUGUUGCUUGGUCCAUUUUGCAUAAUCACGUAACUGGUGGAGAUACUCGUCUCUCCAUCUUCUCCAAAAUUGUUCGAGCUGCGAUUGUACUCGUUUCCAUCUGGUUGUGAGAUUGCUUCCAUCCUUACUCUGCGUAGGGAUGGGCACGGCUAGCAUUGGGCGUGCUAUCAAAAAAUGACCGGGUGUGAUCGCGGUCGGUGACUCUGGCGUCGUGUAAACAGGUGUGAGUGGUCGCGAAUUCAUUAUUGCGGCCACUUGGUAGAACAGUGUCUGCAAUUCCAUGAUGUUUAGCUGUGCUCCUCUGGCCGCUGCACUAAAGAGCCGCUUGGCUACCUUUAUGUUCGCUUCCCAAAGUCCUCCAAAGCUGGGGCUUCGGGGUGGAAUGAAUGAAAAUCUUAUUCUGUGAGUUGCCGCAAUAUCAACUAAUUUGUUUUGAAAAACUUCAUUGUUAUAUAUUCUUCGUAAACGAUUGAGUUCUCUGCUGGCCCCGACAAAGUUCCGCCCAUUGUCGGAGUAAAUAACCUCGGGUAUUCCCCUCACUGAUGUGAAACGGAGAAGUGCUGAUAUGAACGCUGCCGUCGACUGAUCUUCGACGACUUCUAGGUGAACUGCUUUGGUCGCAAAACAUAUGAAGAUGCAAGCAUAUGCUGUGGUCUUGCAUUUCGAUUUUUGAUUGAGAUAUACUUCGAAUGGCCCACAUAAGUCCACUCCCGUGUGAGUGAACGCUACUGAUUCAUUUACCCUGGGCGAGGGCAGUUGUCCCAUUCGUUGCUGUAAACGUCUGGGCCGCGCUUUGGCACAUAAGAUGCAUCGUUGAAUGACUCCUUGUACGGUCCUUCGGAGAUCCCUCAUCCAAAUCUUUGUCGAAAUUCGUUUAUUACCAGAUCUGUUCCGGCGUGAAAUCUAUCCUCAUGUAUUUUUUGAAUUAUUACCCUCGAAAAUGGGUGCGAUUUGGGAAUCAAUAUUGGAUUCUUUUGUGAGAUGGGCAUUUCUGCAUUGUGGAGUCUCCCUGUGACAUGUAUGACUCCAUUUCUGACGAUUGCGUUGAGAUGCUGGAAAGGUCCUUUCGUAGGCACCUUCCCAGUUUUUCGUAAUUCCGCUACUUCAUUUGGAUAAAUAGUGGCUUGCAUAAUUCGGACUACGAGUGUUAGUCCUUCAUUCAAUUCAGUGGUGGUGAGUGGGCCCGAUCUCUUUUCGUUUCUGAUGCCUGUGUCUUUAUUGACCUUCUUCAUAUUGUUUAUGGCUCUACACAGCCAUGCAAAGUGUCUUACUGUUUUGUCAUGAGUGUGAUGGUGCGGGUAUUUUGCGAUUAAGUCUUCGCAUGCCUUUCCUGUUGCUGCUACCAAUCGUGUUAUUGGUUCUUUAAUCUCUUCCUGUUCUGCAGCAGCAGUGUAUUCGUAGCCGCUCUGCAGAUAAUAUUGUCUUCUUCGUAUACAUUCCGGUCCGUGUAACCAAAAUUCUAGUUUUGCUUCGCGUAAUUUUCUGACUGGAAUUCCUCUCGAAACCAUAUCAGCCGGAUUUUCUUUCGUAGAUAUAUAUUUCCAAUGCUCUGGAUUCGUGGUGGAGUGUAUCUUCUGCACUCUAUUUCUAAUGAAGGUUCCCCAACGUGUAUUUGAAGAUUUGAUCCAACUUAGCGCUACUUGUGAAUCACUGUAGUAAUAUUCCGACGAGAUUCGACCGGCCAGAAUGCUCUUUAUUUUAGCAGUUAGUUCUGCUAGAAGUGCCGCCGCCAAGAGUUCCAGACGGGGCAGAGUGACCUUCUUCAAAGGCGCCACUCUCGAUUUCGAACAUAAGAGAUUCGUACUCUCUUCUCCUUUUAAGUUGAUUGCAUGUAAGUAAAUGACGCAUCCAUAAGCCUUUUCGGAGGCGUCACUGAAUCCGUGUAAAUCUAGUGCGAUCGUAUGACUCGGAGUCGACAUCCGAGGUAUUUCUAUCUUGCUGAGCUCCACUAAUGAAGCUUCGAACUUCUUCCAUGAGCUUAGUGCUUGAUCUGGAACAUCAUCGUCCCAGCUGACGUUAUAAGUCCACAAUUCUUGCAUCAAUAUUUUAGCUGUAAUGAUUACAGGUUGUAUCAAUCCGAUUGGGUCAUACAGUCUCAAAAUCUUCGAGACCAUCUGUCGCUUUGUGAGCGCUUCGUAUGUUUCACCUAUGUUUUUCGUACUGAUGAACUGGAACACGUCUGUUUUGGGGUUCCAGGCUAUCCCCAAUGUCUUUAUGACCUCUUGGUCACCAACUUGGAUCAAUGGUUCCAAGUCUUUCUCUGGAAUUCCUUCCAGUACGCUUGCGUUGUUUGAUGCCCACUUUCGAAGUGGAAAUCCAUGAAGUGACAAUGCAUGCUCUAUUUCUCGUUUCGUCUCCGUCAGUUCAUCUGCGUUGGACGCUCCAAUCAUCAGAUUGUCAACAUAGAACGAUCGUUGAAUGGUGUCGGCAAUUCUCGGAUUUACCGACCGAUAAUCUUCAGCUGCUUCGUGUAGUGCCCUACAGGCCAAGAAUGAUGAAGACGCUUCACCAUAUGUGACAGUCGUCAGUCUAUACGCUUUCAAUUGAUCAUUGGGGCUGUCGCGCCACAAAAUACAUUGUAACCAAGUGUCUGUGUAUGCGAUGUGAAUUUGUCUGUACAUCUUUGCAAUAUCUGCUACUAGCACGUCGUUGUGCGUCUUGAAAUCAAUUAGCAGAUCAAAUAAGUCCUUUUGAAUGGUUGGUCCCACGAUUUGUAUAUCGUUCAGGGAUACUCCGGUUGACGUCUUUGCACUUGCGUCGAACACCACCCUAACCUUGGUGGAUGUUGAAUCUGGUUUCACCACACACGAGUGAGGGAUGAAAUACUUUACUUUGUGAAAGUCUUCUGUGGUGACUGGUACCAUAUGUCCCAGUGUUUCAUAUUCAUUCAUGAAUGCCCUGUACUCUUUGUACAGGUCUGCAUUCCGCUUGAGCCUUUGCUCAAGCGAUGUGAAUCUUCUAUAUGCUUGUUGAUAAGAGUCGCCUAACGAUGACGGCUCCCCCCGUAGGGGCAUUCGUGUAAUGUAUCUCCCGUCGGGAGCGAUCUCUAACGUUGUGCGGAAGUGACUUUCCGCCUCGCAUUCGUCAUGUUGCUUUGGAUCCCAGUCUUGAAAGCACGCUUCUUCAAGACGCCAAAACUUCUCUAUGAGUUUGGCCAUUUCGUCCUGUGGGAAUUCGAAUUCAUUUCUGCUACACCUUGUAGCAGGCAAUACAGUGGUUGAUGGGCUGCUGUGACGUAGCGUCCCACAUGCAAUCCAGCCCAAGCUGGACUCUUGAUACGUAAGACCGUUGGCUACGCUAAGCCGGCCUGGCAUUAGAAUUUUGAAAAAUAUUCUCGCUCCGAGGAGAAUGUCGAUUUCAUUCGAUCUGUAAAACUGGGGAUCGGCAAGGUGCAAUUGUUCUGGUAUCCGUAUACCCUUUUCAUCAAUAGCUGUGCUUGGUUGAUCGUCCAAUAUCUUUGGCACUAUGAUCAAUUCUAAACUUUCAUUGUAGUUGCUUGCGUGAGAGGCUAUCACAGUUUUGAUACCCCUUUUAACAUGUGCUUGUCCGCUAACUCCUUUAAUGGUUACGUUUACCGAGUGUUGCGGAAUUCCUAGGCUUCGAGCAGCCUUUUCUGUGAUUGUUUCUACUUGACUCCCUGAAUCAAGUAGACAUCGAAGAGGGUGCCAUUUCUGCUCACCCUUAACAUGAAUUAUGGCUGUGCCCAGAAAGACGUAUUCUUCCUGAGCUAGUCAUUUCGUUGAACUUGCUUGUGCUUGAUUGACAUCCUUCUCGGGAUGCAAUUGUUGGAUCUCGUCCCCCUUGGGAGAGUCUCCACGAUGAAGUAGUGUAUGAUGCUUCGUGCUGCAUAUUUGGCAUUUCCGUUGUGAUUUGCACUCCUUCGUUGAGUGCCCAGGUAUGAGGCAAUUAAAGCAGUGCCUCCCUGCUUUGAUAGUUUCCCAUCGUUCUGGGAUGCUCAUUUUCGUGAAUUUAGGACACGUAAAUGCUGUGUGUCCUUCAUUGUGACAAACGUAGCACCGCUGUGCUUCCCUUUUGUCUUUGGUGGUCGCAGCUUUGCCUUCGAUUGCUGCUACGACUUUCGGCUGGGGUCGAUGACUAGAGUGUGCCGUUUCGGCAGCCACUUUGCAAGUCAUCUGGUUAGCCAGCCGCUCUAAUUCUAUUUUGAAUUCGCUCCAAACAUAAAUGCGCUGGAGGUCCAACUUUUCUUCAAUCUUAGAAAGUGUUGAUUCAUCCAAUCGUUCUUUCACUAAGCAUAUUAGUAACCCAUUGGCGAUGCAAUCUGGUUCGCCAGGUUGUUCAUUUGCUAUUUGUCGAGUGGCGGACAAUAGUGUAUCGACAGCGUCGAUCAGUCCUAGUAUCGCUCUUUGCGAUGCCUUAUGUAUCCUUUUAAUUUUCAGCAGAGUGUAAAAGUAACCUUCAUAUGCGAUUCGUUUCUUGUAGAAUCUUGCUUCCAGUUUGGCCCAGGCUUCAGUGAAAGGCACUCCUGAAUUCUCGAGUGCUUCGCAGGAGUUACGAGCGGGCUCGUAUUCUAAACAUUUCGCCAGGAAAGCGUAUUUGCUUGCAUCCUCGUUUAGGGUCGCAAUCCGCUUCUCAAAGCGGGCUUUAAACGAUAGCCACUCGGUGGCUGACCCACGGAACUUCGGGAGCUCCAAUCGGGGUAAAUAAUCGGCCUUGCUAUUGCCGGUGAUCAUUGUUUGAUCCAGUACUUGCCUUGAACCUUCAUCCUGACUCGGUUCAUUCGUCUGUGAUUGCGCAUGCCGUAUUCUCUUUGCCAAACUGGCUCUGGACUUGAUAUAUGCGGGGAGGAGAGCAUCCCGUCUCUUGGAGGGCCCCGUUUGGCCCUCAAUUUUCAGUAUCACUGCACAAGCUUGAUCGUACAAGCUUGUUAGUACUUCUUGUUGCACUAGUAAUGUUUCGACUUCGUCGUCGUCUUCUGCUAAUUUGCAUGCGUCUUUGAUAAUCGGAGCAAUGCUUUGCUCCAGUGCCGUUAGCUGCUUUUUCCAGCUUUCAACGGCAUCGUCCUCGUUUGUCGUCAUGUUUAUUUGAUUUGAUAAUUACUAACCGCUUUACUUGUUUGAUUGACUCAAAUACUUAGCUGGGUCAUUGAUUAUGCUCCAGUCUAAAUAGUCGGCUAUGGCUUCGGCCGAUCUAUUUAGUUCAGUGGUAAAUCUGCUUUCGUAUCUGUUUAUAACCGCGGCUCCUGCCGCCAAGUUGAACAUGUGCGAUAUUAUCAGUUUUAUCGCUGCAGCUUCUUCCCGCGUACGACGCGGGUCCUGUUUCAAAUUCUCCUCCGUAUCCCUCAUAUACAUGUAGCACAUGGAAUACAGUAGGUCGUUGGAAUGUCGAGAAUUCAUCUUUACAAAUUUUUCACAUCAGUCACAAUAAUUCGUGUUUAUCACACAUCUUCCACGCAGUUGCACACCGUGCUUCGCUCACGGGCGAAGUUUACUUAUUGAUCACACAGUCACGCAGUGUCAUGUUAUGAUUCCCGCGAAUGGGAAAUUCACGUUGUCAAUUUUCAGCCACACAGUGGCGCAUUGUAAUAACUAUGCAGUGGCGCAGCAUACUUCCCGCGAGUAGGAAGUUCACUUUGUUAAUUUUUAGCCACGCAGUGGCACAUCAUACUUCCCGCGAAUGGGAGAUUCAUUUUCUUGGUUUCAGCCACUUAAUGGCGCAACAUCUUCCGUGCGCUGAGACAAUGUCACUUCACUUUCCGAUUAUACAGCCAUGCAAUGGCAUCACUUUUUCGCGCGCGGAGAGAAUGUCACUUCACUUAUCAGAAUCGAUUACUUUCGCGAGUCCGUGAUCGCUCGAAGUGCGAUCACGUCGGGGUCACCAAAUGUUGUUCGUUAAAAUUAAGAUGUUAGUAUUGGGCCAUAGUGGCCCAACACGGCUUUCGGACUAAGUACUAACUCCUUCACGGUCGGUUUUAGACUGAACUGUAUUUCCUUAAAUUUUACAUUGCUUAGGUCACUUGGGUGUUUCUUGUUUCUCCAUGUCAGCACAAAAUGUGCGUUUGAUUAUACAGCGUUCGCAUUAUUUUGAUUAUACAGCAUUCACACUAUCGAGUCGGAUCCUCCGCUGCGCCCCUUCCAGUUCGCGCAGUCGUUUCGUGUUUCUCCUCCAAUGGUAGUAAAUGAUGGCGAUCACCAUCGCCACGAUGAAUGCCCCGUCUAUGGAAUAUGAUGCGACGUCGUGCAUCGAUAUGGUAUUCUCGAUCUUAUCGCUGCCGAACAUUAUACUUGUUUUUAAUUGUCGCGUUUUCUUGGAACUCGUAAUGUUCCCUACAUUGUGGCGCAUUUUAUUGCAUCGAGGAGGGUCUUAAUCGCUGACCCAAGCACUCGAGCGUGUGAAACCACUUCGUUUGGAAUUUCGGGUCUCGCUAUUAUCAGCGGAAAUUUGCAUUGUCAAUUUUUUCAUAGGGUCGUCACCCAAUCUGAUUUCGUGUACUUCCACUGUUAAUAUUACCAGUCUAGAUUAGCUCACGGCUUACAGAUACAAGGCUAGCUACUCCGGAUCAGUUAUUUUUUAGUGACGUCAUCUGAGUCGUUGAAGUAAACAAUGUGUUCUUAUUUUUUAUUUUUCGUGCUUUGUAAGUUUGUGCGUUGAUAAUAUAGUUGAUUAUAUUUAACACCAUGAAUAAUUUGAUAAAAUUUAGCGACGAUUAACGAGAAAUAAUAUGUCAAAUGCUGAAAACCAAGGCAAAUAGCUAAAGGAUGUGUCCAGGAAAAAAGAUGUUGAACAAAAGCGGCCUAUCUACUGAAUCGCUUAGCGAAAUUGCGAAUCCCUACUAGUGUAACACAAUAACAGGAACUACGAAGGAAUAUUGACGAAGACGGAAACUAUCCGGUGAUCGGAUAGGAUCAACAAGCAGUACUAUCAACGCUAGUUGAUAGCUCAAUGUUCAGUGUACUGAACAUUUUGUCGAACUGUGCUUUGAAGGAGGAACUAAUACACGAAACGGCUUACAGAGAUCCAUCCUAGAGUGUAAUCAAACUGCAGGAAUUCUAUGCGAGCAUGCCCAAAAACAAACAGAAGAUACUUAAAGUAUAAUAAAACCUUAGCAAUGUGAAAUGCAGAGAAAACCGCAGAAAUAUAUUCUUGAAGGUAAGGCACCAACAUAGAUUUCGGAAAUGAGCGUUCAAAAGAUGACUUCUUUAUCUAUGUUAGUUUAUUAAUGAAAGAAAACGUAUAAAAUAAAACAAUCAUGUAACUGUUUUGUUUAGCUUCCUUUUCUUCUUUUUCCCCUGUUCAGCAUGGGCUUUGUUUAAGGACUUAAUUCUAUUAUACAAGCGGGUCCUAAAAAAGAGCCCUUUGCCUUUUUCCGGGAUGUCGAUUGCUUGGGAUACUUCAACACAUUUAUGUAUGGCUUUCUCGCUACAAUUCAGUUGAUCACCAUGCACGGCAACAAAGCAGUUUUCCAAUCGCAGUAUUUGAUUUUUAAAUUCCUGGCUUGGCUUGGUGAGUCCACCCUCGGAUAAAAGAUCCACCCAAGUGAAGUCCGUCGAGCUUCCAGAAUAUUUAUCGGUCAGAUGAAGUUUUCGAAUAAUAUAUCCAGCGAUAUAUUCAAUGGCAUCCUCUUCGAACUCUGUCAUUGAUAGAUUAUCAUCCAACUCGCCUUCGAUCCCGCUAGUAUCAAAAUCAUCUAAUUCGGCUUGGUUAAAACUGGUUUCAUCAGGGUCUGACAUGUCUUCUCCCACAAUACCGGCCAACAUCUCGGCCGUCAACAGGACGUCUUCCACUUCUUCUACCCCUUCUUCUACGUUACUCCACUCACUGACCUGCUGAGUGCAAUCGGAACGGCCUAUAAAGAUGAAACGAGCAAUGUAAUGCAUAGAAAAUUGCAGAUAAUACGAUUUUUAUUACCUAGGAUACACAAUCUCAAUCGAUGCAUGAAUUCCAUUGCUGUAGGAUGGUCAUGCAAGCCACCUUUGGCACGAAUAGUUCCAAACAGACGUUCUAAAUCAUCUUGCUGGAGUCUCCUCGUCAGAAUAUACUUGUUGCCGUAUGUAGUUUCCAAAUAUUCAGCCAGUUGGACGAUUGCUGCAUUGUUAAUUAGGAUACCUUUUUGAAAAGGAAGAAUCAUUCUUUUAUUAGGAACUCUCAUGUUUUCCAUGACUUGGGUUGUUUUGGCCAGGAUGGCCAUGUGAGUUUCAUUCGACAUGCUGAAUGCAACCAUCCUCUCCCUGGAACCUUUCAUGCUAGUUGACAUGUUAAACAGGUCGAACCAAUCAUUAAUUACUUUCACGAACUCACUAGUUUCGCAUGCAUUUGGGGAGUUCAGUACACCAAGACAAACUCCCCUUUUGAUCGCUUGGGCAACCGUGUUUGAAAAUAGUUGGGUAGCAUAUUUGACUUUCUGUCGGCCAGCAUCUUUUACGUCCAAAUGCGUGCUUGUAAUUUUGUGACAAAUUUUCAAGUCAUGCUGUUCAAGAUUCAUGAGAUCUACAAUAGGUCUAGAAUUGACGUACGUUUGACCGUCAAGCAUAAAGCCAGUGUCCAAAAAAUGAUUCCUCACUAACUUGAUCAGGUGAGGUGUGUCUGCAAAGACAAACACCUUGUGAUCAUCGUUAGUUUUGAAGUAGGGUUUCUCGGUAGUGAUUGUCAACUCUCUCCAUAGACCCAUAUUUGUUGGACCCAUAUCAUAAACCAUGGCCACAACAGUAAAGUUGAUGCUAUCCAAGGCUUGAACGAUUUGUUUCACAAGGGUUGCGGUCAUCGCACUGUCAAAAUCGAAGUAGAUAACUUGCUUCCAGUUUUUAUAAAGUCCUCGAAUCAUCGCUACCUGAACGUAUUUCGAUGGCUUUAAUACUUUGUCUGUACGUCGGUUAUACUCGUACACCAUUCGUACUUUCAUUUCGUCGAAGGUCAAUACACACACACGCUCUUUUUCAUCGUAUGGGGCUGACUUCAAGAGUUUCAGUACAGGCGUAAGUAUUCCAGGUGACAAAUCAAAUUUUCCGGACCAUUUCCGCAAUGUGGAAAUUGCUGGUAGAGGAUAUCCUUUUGAUCGAAGCAAUCUAUAGGCUUUAGAUCCUGCUGAAUAUAUUGAUAAGGCGGUUGAAAUAUCAUCAGCGCUCCACUUAAUCCGCUUGGAUGGAGAUCGAAGCUUCCGCACUUGACCUUUCGAAAAACAGUGGUUAACUCCUUGGCAUAGUUCUCUAUGUUUCCUUGACUCAGCAACAUAUUGAUUAUUCUUUUUGCGUUCCAAUCGAAGCUCUUUUUGAAGAGCUUCAAUCUUCCUCCGGUAGGCCAGUUCCAAUUUGGUUCUGAUGUAAAAUAAUAUAAUUCUGAUAAUUUUUUAAAAACGUAAUUUUAUCUUUUGCAUCUUGCCCCGAUUGAAUAUCUGUUUGGACAGAUGCAUCUUGGAAACGAGGAACAUUCCUGAAAAAGGAUUUACUUUGAUGAACAUCAACAAGGAGGAACAUUUUGAAAUUCCCUUACCUGUCGUACUCAGAAACGAUUUCCUUCCGUUCGGAUACGGUGAUUUCGUUUUUCGCAACAAAAUUGUUUCCCGCAGGCAAUAAUUGGCUUGGAACCGCAUCUUCCCGCAGCAUUCGUUUGCUCCAUACGGUGUUUAGUAGAAUGUCCUUCAAUCGGUAGUCCUCAUCUAAAAAGUGAUCGGAGCAUACCCUCGCCUUGGCUACGUUCAAAUCACUGUUGGCUUCGCAAACAUUUAUCCACAAAGAACAUAAUUCUCGGUUUUUCGGAAAGCGAAAGAAUCUCUUUUUUGGCCCGAUAAUGUCAUUUUUAUAAUUUAUACACCCGCUUACAGCGCAUUGAACCAUUUUCGAAUUUUCAUUUCAGGAACAUUUACGCGUAAGUCGGAAAACAAAAUACAACUGACGACUGUUUACACUGACGACUCGGAUGACGUCAUCAAAAAAAAUCUUUACUCGCUAAAGAACUAGCCUUGUAUCUGUAAGCCGUGGAUUAGCUUAGCUGUCAUCCUUUGUGGAGAAAGUUUUCCUACCGUCAUGCGAAACCAAAUCACUGACAAAUUUACAGAACAUUUAUUUUCUUGGUGAGUCGUAGAUAGCCUAGCUUGAUGAUUCCCCACACAAUUGUGUAGCUCAGAACAUUAAUGCAAUGGCGUCAGUUUGAUGCAAUGAUUUCAAUGCCAGAGACAUCAGCGAGUGAGUAAUUUAGUCGCGUCCACAGCUCAAUCUGAAACUAAGACAUGUAAUGACGCAAAACAAGGAAGAACAAGCGAUAUUCAUUACUUUGAAUACAGAACGAUACUGAAAGUUUGCCUCCCCUCCUUGCUUGAGACUCAUAUUACUCCUCCACCCCCAUUGCCUUGAGAGAGGAAUUCGAUCCCUCGCCAUUCAGCUCGCCCAGCAACGAUGUUGCUCAAUCGAUUUCCUCACGAAGAAUGAAAGUUUGCCUCAGCGAGAUCCACUGUUUAUACUCUAGGCAAAUGUUCCCAUCCGUUCUUCUUCUUUUCCUUUGUUCAUGGAGACUUAUGAAAACGGAAACGGAAAACGACCAAGUUCCAAAAAACAUCUUUUUUACAAAAAAAAAUUUGGGAUAACUGUAAAUCUCGACGGUUAAUGCAAUUCUCAGACAUUAGGCAUUAACUUUUUUUUUUAAAUCUCGAUUUUCGGUGAUUUUUCAUUUUUCAAAAAAAUCAAAUUUUAACGUUUGUGACACCAGUAAAUGAAGUCUACUCCCGCUCGACGCUCUCCAGCAAUGAUAUUGCUUCGAUGACCACCAAACGAGAAGUAGUGUGGCUUCAAAUCGCGGAUGGUUCAUUUAUACCAAAAACGUUGAAAACGUAUUAGUUGUAUUAGUUACUCGUUAUUGAUGGUACGGGUAGGGUUAGCACACAAAUCGGUAGAACAAAUGUAUGGAAAAAUGAGGGAUUAGUGAAUUGUAAUGUAUAGCAUAUCAAACAAAUCUUAGAGAAUUUCCGCUAUAUAAAGCGGUCAACACAGAAACAUCCAACUUCCAACGGACAGAGAGCUUCUGGCGGCAGCGAAGUAUCAAUUCUCUGGGCUACCGGCUAGCUAUCGACCAAUACAAUUUGAAAGAGGGGAAAUUCUCAACCCUACAUGGCACCCAACGUACCACAUUGCGUUCAAGCGCACUCGUCCAGCUGCAUGACUUCGGGAGACUCUACAGCUGCACCGUGCAACAUAUAUCCAUGCAGGCAUUCGUGUUUUCCCCGGAAUUGACGAACCCAUUGGAGGAUGACAACUCGCCACUUCCUGGCGUAAGGCAAGACAUGACAUCUUCUCAGGAGGAGAUGUUUCCAUUAACGAAAUCAGACGUCCCAGAAGAUAAUGAAUUGUCAGCUUCACACCAAGGAGAAGUAGUAAGUUUUAACAAUUUGUAUGCAUCGUCAUACCAAGUAGUAGAUAAUGAACCAUCUUCCUCGCCUCAACAACUAAAUGUAGUUGAAAUUUUGAUAUACUGUCAAAAUUUCAACCGUAUGAAAAGUCCACUUAAAAUGAAAGAAAUCCAAAUUAAUGUUCUGAAUUCUUCUUUCUCGAUAAUUAUGGCCACAGAGACAAGUUGGGAUGAUAGUGUUAGAAGCGAGGAAGUAUUCGGAAAUCGUUUUAAUGUCUUCAGAGAUGACCGUAAUCUUCACAAAUCCCAUAAAAAAUCGGGAGGCGGCGUCCUUAUUGCUAUUAAUUCAUUAAUAAAUUCAGAACAUAUUCCAACAACAGAAUUCGACGAGUUUGAGCAAGUGUGGGUCAUAGCACUUAUUGCGGGGGAGAUACAUAUAUUUGCAUCUGUUUACUUCCUCCCUGAUCGUGCUCAACUUAGUUGUUAUGAGAAAUUCUUUGAAGUUGCUGAAAAUAUUUUAUCUUCCUUUGCACCAGAAUCAAAAAUCCAUAUAAACGGAGAUUUCAAUCAACGAAAUGCGGACUUUAUCACUGAUUCUGAAAAUGAAUUUAUCUUGCUUCCAGUUGUUGGUGAUAAUAAGACUCUGCAAUUUAUUUUUGAUAAAAUAGCCGGUCUUGGGUUGAAUCAAAUAAACAAUGUUCAGAAUCGACAGAAAUGCUUCUUGGAUUUCUUGUUGACAAAUAUGACCGAAGAUUUUUGUGUGACCGAAUCAUUAACUCCACUUUGAAAAAACGAAGCUUUCCACACAGCUAUCGAAUAUUCUAUAUUUAUAGAUAACACUCAAAAACCAUUUGAUUAUGAAUUUGAGGAAGUCUCUGAUUACACUAAAGCAAAUUACCAAUCAAUUAGGUGUAAGCUUAACUAUAUCAACUGGCAGGAUUUAUUUAGAAGUGUGGAAAACAUUGAAGUAGCAGUGAUGACUUUUUACUCGAUGAUCAAUGAAAUUAUAGAGCAGGAGAUACCAAGAAGACGAAAAAGGAGAAAUAUGAACACAAAAUAUCCGAUUUGGUUUAAUCAAAGCAUAAAGAAUCUAAAAAAGAAAAAACAGAAGGCACAUAAAUUUUAUAAGAAAUACAAAUCUGACGCUAAUCUCCAAAAAUAUCUGAACAUUUGCGAAGAGCUCAACUCAACUGUUAAAAGCGCUUUUGAAGAUUACAGCUUAAAAACAGAGUCGGACAUAAAAUCUAACCCGAAAAGUUUCUUUAAUUACAUAAAAACAAAAUUAAAAAGCAAUGGUUUUCCAUCACGCAUGCACCUUGACGAUACCGUGGGGAAUGACCCAGAAAAAAUUUGCAACCUCUUUGCAACAUUUUUUCAAGAAGUUUAUAUUGUAACAGCUGAGGAGGACCGAGAUCGUGACUUCUUUGCAUUUCUUCCAGAAUUUCCAUGUAAUGUUAGAAAACUAACUUACAUUGAAAUUUUUGACGCAUUAAAUAAGCUCGAUGUCUCGAAAGGGCCAGGUCCUGACGGAAUUCCACCGGUUUUUAUAAAAAAUUUGGCAUCUGAAUUAACUCAUCCACUUUUAUGGCUUUUCAAUACGUCAUUGAAUCAGAAAGGUUCCCAAAAAUAUGGAAAAACUCUUUUCUUGUACCAAUAUUCAAAUCCGGUAAU